ACCUAUUCCUCUUCAAAAUGUUCCCAUCAACCCUCAACCCCCGUCACCCACCAUAACCCAGCAACAUCCCCCGCAAUGUCUUCAGUCCCGCCAGGAGGUCUGAUCCUCAUCACAGGCGCCAAUGGGUACAUAGCAAGCGUCGCUGUCCAUGUCUUUCUUCAACGCGGUUAUCGUGUCCGUGGCACAGUCCGCUCUAUCACUGCCAAUACCUGGAUGAAAACAUUCUUCGGAUCCAAUUUCGAGCUUGUCCAGGUUCCCGACAUCUCGACACCCGGUGCUUUCGAUGAAGCUCUCAAAGACGUGAAUGGCGUGGUUCAUACCGCUAUGAACAUGGACAUGAACCCGCAGAACCAAGGAGUCAUAGGCGAUACCAUCAAUUCAAAUCUGUACCUUCUUGAAGCGGCGGCAAAAGUCCCCAGCGUCAAGAGCGUUGUCAUCACCUCGUCACUAGCUGCGUGCGCUCUUCCCACGACCGGCGAACCGUACAAGAUCGAUUCAACGACCUGGAACACCGAUGCAAUUGAGAAGACAGCUGAGCCAUGGGAUGAGCAAGGGAACCCGCGAUGGCAUGGGAUCGUGUUAUACGGAGCGGCCAAAGCACGUGGCGAACAAGCCGCUUUUGCUUGGGUGCUCGAAAACAAACCGUCCUUCUCAUUCAACACGGUUGUCCCAAAUGUUAACUUCGGUAUCGCUAUAUCGCCCGAGAAUAUGAGCUACCGCAGUUCGGCCGCCGUCAUUGACGCUGUUGUGAAAGGAUAUCCCGAUGCGCCGUCUAUUCUACCAUCGCAGUGGUAUGUCGAUGUCGAGGAUACGGUACUGCUACACCUGGCUGCAUUGACACUCGACGAUGUUGAUAACGAGCGACUUCUUGCGUUCGGUGGGAGAUAUUGCUGGACUGUGAUUCUGGAGAUUCUUCAUCGACGGUUUCCGGGCAAGGUUUUGCUCAAAAAUGUUAGAGAGUCAGCUGUGGAUGCAGGAGAGGUGGAUAAUGAGAGGAGUGCUGAGGUGUUGAGACAGAUGGGGAAGUUGGAAGGGUUUACGAGUUUGGAAGAAACUCUUGUCAAGGGGGUCAAGACCAUUCUUGAGAAUAAGGAGAAGAAUGUGCCCAAGACGCGGAUUGAUUUGUACUACGACUCGUUAGCAAGGGCCUAG